AUGGUUCCAUGUCUUUACGCCGACGGUAUCAACGCCGACGGUAUCAACGCCGACGGUAUCAACGCCGACGGUAUCAACGCCGACGGUAUCAACGCCGACGGUAUCAACGCCGACGGUAUCAACGCCGACGGUAUCAACGCCGACGGUAUCAACGCCGACGGUAUCAACGCCGACGGUAUCUACGCCGAUAGCAUCGACGCCGACGGUAUCUACGCCGACUAG